CAUCGAAGUCAUCAUGUUGUGGAACGGUUUAGCUGUGUUGCAAAUCGUUUUGGUUCUGUGCCAUGGCGCUUUGGCUGAGAAAAUGUUGCGGCCUAAGUUCAAGGAUAUCAAAAUCUGGAGCGAGGAGAAAAUGGUCAGCCACAAGGUUGUCUAUGACCAUGCCGAUCCCCAUUUGAAUUUCUCAAUGGAAGUGCAUCAGGAGCUGCAAGAUGUCGACAUCCAUUUGGAGGCGCGCAUCUCUAAUAAACUGGAUCCAACCUACACAACCACUCUGAACACAACCAUCAACAUCUGCCGAAUCCUCAACUUUGCCAACAAGUCACCUGUUGGUCGAUUUGUGCACGGUUUCAUUCGUGAAUAUGGCAACAUCAUCGAUACUUGCCCGAUUCCCAAGGGAUCUUACUUCAUCAACAAGUUUUGGUGGCCAGAGGAUCCAACUACUGCUAUCCUCCCCGAGUUCGAUUUCGAAAUCUUCUACCAAGCCAAUCUUUUGGAUGCCAGCAAGAAGCGUACACUCAUCAUGAAUGAUCACUUCACUGGCGAGUUCACCGUACAGGAUGUGAACAACCUGAAGCCAGGCAUCUUUGCUAUGCUGCCCAAGACGGCCUAAGAGUAUUUAGAUAUCUCUGAAGUAGAUGCGCUAGAGAAGGCCUCGCAACUGGAGUUCAGUUUCAAGUUUUAAUCAGCACUUUCAAUGUUUCAAUGGUAUUCUUUUAAUUUGUCUAUCAACCUUUUAUUUAUGUUUCAAUGAGCAAUAUAGUUGCCAAUAAGC